AUGCGUUUUCCCUCCCCCCCACUUUCGUCUUUUUUUUGUAUCACUUCUUCUUGCGGCGGGCGGCUCGCACGAAGCGUCUGGCCUGCCUCUGCGUGCGUGUGUGCGUGUGUUGGGGGCGGGAAAAAACAAGAAAAAAAGAAGAAGCCGCGGGGGGCGAAAGGCAAACGGGGCGGCGCGGCGGAGGAGGGCGGCCUCCGCAAUGGCGCAGCACGACGAGGCCCCCCCCCCCCCGUCCCGCUGCGGCCGGUGGAGCUCAGCGAGGCGUUUGUGAAGCUGCUCGGCGUGGACCGCCGGUCCGCGGAGUCCCUGCAGCCUCUCCUCGCGGCCCGCUGCCGGCAACUGCUGCCCGCCCCGCAGGGCACGCACGGCAGCCCCAGCCGAGGGGUGCGUGAGACGCUGGCGACACGCGUUGCCCCGCGUGCGGUGCUGCUGACGAGUAGUGGCUCACUUUUCGUGCUGAAGCACCGUGGCGGCGGCGGCGCUGUUGUGAUGGAGAGCCCUGAGUUCGGGGCGCACCUGCAGCGGCAUGGCAGCCGCCCAUGGAGGCGAGCGGCGAGGCCAAGCCUGCAACACCGCCCCCGGCAUGCGGCGGCGAUGAGGCGGAGGACGACGAAUUCCACUCCCUUGCAGGCUUUUGUGCGCCGCGGGGCCAGCCCUCGGCGCGGAUAG